AUGGACCCCGAUAGCUCUUCAGAAGAUGAUUCCCUACCAAUGACUAUGGUACGCUUAUCAACACCUACAUUGGAAGAAGGACGACCCGCUGACGAUGCCACGGAUCGCACGGGAUUGCUUGUAUCAUCUGCACCAUCGUCAGAUUCGAGACCGGUCAAUCGCCACCGAUCAAGUAGGAGACGAGAUACAUGGAGAAAAGGACAAAAGAAAGUUAAUACUGGAGCGAGACUAUAUGCUGUUUGGUUCUUGAUUAUCUUUCUGGUAAUCCUAUUCGCACUAGUCGGGCUGCGAGAUGUCAAGCAAAAAACGCAACCCAUCAAGCCUGUGGGAUUGAUUAUCGCAAAGAAUGGAGCUGUCGCAUCAGAAGAGAUUCAUUGUUCUAAUAUUGGUGUGGAUAUAUUAAAGGCUGGUGGAUCAGCCGUGGAUGCUGCCAUUGCGUCGCAGCUCUGUAUUGGUUCAAUAAACAGCUUUUCGGCCGGAAUUGGAGGAGGUGGUUUCAUGAUUAUACGUGGAACUGACGGAAAAACAGAAGUAAUAGAUUUCAGAGAAACGGCUGCAGGUGCCGCAAACAAGACGAUGUAUUCUAAACAGCCUGAACUUGCCAAGUACGGAGGACUUAGUGUUGGAGUACCUGGAGAGAUAAGAGGAUUUGAACUCGCACAUAAAAAGUUUGGUAAAUUACCGUGGAAGAGUUUGUUUGAGCCAUCAAUUAAAAUGAACCGAGACGGCUUCACAGUGCCACCUGAACUGGCAAGACGAAUUCAGAUAUUCAAAGAAUUGUUAAAAAAAGAUGAAGGGUUGGCGGAACUAUAUAUGCCUAACGGUACUUUACUGGUAGAAGGAGACUUGUUAAAAAGAGAAAAUCUGGCCGAUACAUUGGAAUUAAUUGCCACAGAAGGCGCUGAUGUUUUCUACAAUGGAAGCAUAGCAAACGCACUUGUGGACAAAAUCCAACAAGAGGGCGGCAUAUUGACACUUGAAGAUUUUGCAUCUUAUAACCCUAUUGUCCGCGAGCCAGUCGUCGGAUAUUAUCAUGGUCGGAAGAUAUCAACAGCUCCUGCUCCGGCAAGUGGUCCGGCGUUAAUUAAUAUAUUAAAUAUACUAGAGGGUUAUGAACUGAAGGUAGACGGGCCCACACAAGUUAACGUACAUAGGAUUGUAGAGGCACUUAAGUACGGAUUCGCAAGAAGAACAGAAUUGGGUGACCCUGACUUUGUCAACAAUACAGCAAAUAUGGCAGAAAUGCUCACAAAAGACUUUGCAAGUCUACAAAGAGGAAACAUAUCUGACGACACGACCUUUGACCCAGAAUAUUAUAAUCCUCGAUUUGAUGUACAGGAAACUCAUGGAACAACUCAUGUAUCCGUUAUGGAUAAAGAUGGACAAGCAAUUGCCCUGACUUCAACGGUUAAUCUAGUCUUUGGAUCUCUUGUAUUAGAUCAAAAGACAGGAAUACUGCUUAAUGACGAAAUGGAUGAUUUCUCUAUACCAGGAACACCCAAUUUCUUUGGUUUAUAUCCAUCUCCUUUCAAUUACGUCGCACCUGCCAAGAGACCACUAUCCUCGUCAGUACCGGCAAUAAUAGAAAAUAAUGGCGAGGUCGAGAUGGUGCUUGGUGCCAGUGGUGGCGCCAAGAUAAUAACAGCUACUCUACAAGCUAUAAUAAAUGUCUAUGACUUUAACAUGAACAUUUUGAAAGCAAUAGACGCUCCUCGCGUACAUCACCAGCUAUUGCCAAACCAGGUCAUAAUUGAAUCCGGAUACCCUCAAGAACUCAUUGAAGGGCUUGUAUUGCGAGGACAUAAUGUGACGGUUGUCGAUAUUUCUCAAGGAAUGUCCGAAGUACAGGCUGUUAUGCGCUUCAAAGAUGGACUGCUGAACGCCGCAAGUGAUUUUAGAAAAAACGGAAUGGCUGCUGGUUAUUAA